AUGUAUCGUGUCAUAGCUUCUCUUCCGGAUUGUAUUGCCCUACAAGAAGAUAUUGAUACUAUACUGGUAUGGUGUGGCGAUAACGGCAUGCGGGUCAAUAACAUGAAGUGCAAAGUUAUUACUUUCGGGCGCUGCAAUAUCCCCAUUCUUCAUCAAUACAGAAUGGAAACUGCAUCAUUGGAACGUGUGUCGUCCAUUUGUGACCUUGGCGUUACCAUCGAUUCGAGGUUCAGAUUCAACGAACACGUGAGCAUUACCACUGUCAAAGCUUUUUCUGUGCUGGGAUUCAUCCGUCGCCACGCUUCCGAGUUCACCGACAUCCUCGCUUUAAAAACUCUCUAUUGCUCGUUGGUUCGUAGCAUUCUGGAGUACGCUGCUCCGAUUUGGUCCCCUUAUUAUGUAGCUCAUGUUCUCACGAUUGAACGGGUGCAGAAAAGGUUCUUACGGUUUGCACUGAGACAACUUCCUUGGAACGAUCCGACCAAUCUUCCUCCUUAUUCUGACCGAUGCAAGCUCAUAGGAUUGGAACCACUAUCUGUCAGACGAGUAACGAUGCAGCGGCUAUUCAUGUUCGAUGUCAUUGGAGGAUCUAUCGAUUGCCCUGAACAUUCCUCCUCGACGGUUUCGGAGCUCAGUUUUAAUAGCAGUCUCAUACUACUGAACAAACUCCGGCUACAACAACCCUUUUGA